AUGGAAGCUGUUGUGGAGGGUGGGGCAGAAUUGCGGGCUGGGCUCAGCAUCUCCCUCUGGGGUGGCCGAGAGAAUAAAAUGCCCAUCUUGAUCUCCAAGAUCUUCAAGGGGCUGGCAGCGGAUCAGACCGAGGCGCUGUACGUGGGGGAUGCCAUCCUCGCCGUCAACGGCACCGACCUGUCCGAGGCCACGCACGACGAGGCCGUGCAGGCCUUGAAGAAGACGGGCAAGGAAGUGAUCUUAGAAGUGAAGUACAUGAAGGAGAUCUCGCCCUACUUCAAGAACUCCUCGGCGGGGGCGACAGUCAGCUGGGACCCCUCUCCUGCUGCCCAGCAGAAGCGAUCAUCCCCGCUGCUGCCCCCUCGGGAGCUGCGGGAGAGCCGGAGCGUCCCUCUCAAGAUGUGCUACGUGUCGCGCAAGUGCCUCCCCGCUGACCCGGAGCACAGGUACCUGGAGGUGUGCUCGGCGGACGGGCGCGUUGCCCUCUUCCUGCGGGCGAAGGACGAGGCCACGGCGCAGUCGUGGCUCGGCGCCAUCCAGGCCAACGCGGCCGCGCUGCUGCCGCGGGUGAAGGAGGAGCUGCGGGCACAGCUGGCGGGGGCUGGCACGGUGGCCGGACGGGACGUCAAGCACGUGGGCUGGCUGACCGAGCAGCUCCCCAGCGCCGGCACCAGGAACCUCCUGGCCGUGCUCACAGAGAAGGAGCUGCUGCUGUACGGGAGCCUGCCGCAGAGCCGGGACGCCCUGGGCAAGCCCACGCACAGCUACCCCCUCAUCGCCACCAGGCUGGUGCACUCGGGGCCGGCCAAGGGCUCGGCGCUGUACGAGGCCGAGCGCUCCUUCGCGCUGCGCGCCGGCGGCCGCCUGGGCGUGCAGACCCAUCUCUUCAGCCUGGAGAGCCCCCGAGAGCUCGCCCUGUGGACGCGCCUGCUGGUGGACGGCACCCACGGCGCCGCCGAGCUGGCCCAGGAGGUCUCGGCAGCCUGCACGUGGAAGGGGCAGGACUGCACCCUGACCGUCCACAUCGACAAGGGCUUCACCAUCUCCACCAGCGAGCCCGGGCUCAGCAGGACCAUCCUGCUCCAGCAGCCCUUCGAGAAGCUGCAGAUGUCCUCGGAUGACGGCACCAAGAUGCUCUACCUGGAUUUCGGUGGACCGGAGGGAGAGAUCCAAUUAGACCUUCACUCCUGUCCCAAGACCAUUGUCUUCAUCAUCCACUCCUUCCUGUCGGCCAAGGUGACCCGGCUGGGGCUGCUGGCAUGACGAGGGAGCCCAGCACUGGCCGGAGCAGCCUCAGCGCUGGCCCAUCUAUGCACCUCCCUCCUGGCCCAACCCAGCCCCGAGCCAUCCCACGGAGACUGCAGCCCCCGUGGGAGCACAUCAGCCCCACCCAGGAGAAGCACCAUCCAGCCAGGAAAAGCCCCUCUUGGGUGUUUGGGGCAGCAGUGGGGUGAAACCCCUCUUGGAUGGCAGCACCAGGACUUCUCCGGUGCCUUCCUCCCCUCCUUCCUCGGCAGCUGGAGAAGCCCGUUGGGAGCCCACGAGUGGACACGUGGCCAUCACCCCAGUGCCUUGAGAGAUGAUAUUUUCUGUACAAAGACCCCCUUUGUAUCCAUGUUUUAUAUUUAUAUUGCCCACUUCAAAGUGCUGAUGCGGCAGCGCUUCCACAGCUGGGUUGGAGCCCUCGGAGAGUCCCCAGCUCCUGUGUCUGUUUUCCACACAGGCCACCCAAGGGCUGGAGGCCAAACCAGCUCUGAAGUGCUUAAGGGACAGGAACUGCAAGAUCAUCUGUAUUUGCCAAAUUUUUCCAUGUUGUAUGGAAUGCUAGGAACCACUUUUCUCUGUUGGAGUUGGACGGUUUGUUUGGUUUUGUGCACUCUGGGGUCACUUUAUUUCUUGGUUUGGGUGGGAGGGUUGUCAGGCGGCUG